AUGGAGAAAAAUAAAGAAUGGGAAUUAGUUCAACUGCCUCAAGGAUGUCGACCUAUAGGGUGCAAAUGGAUUUACAAAACUAAAAGGGAUUCCAAAGGUCUCAUUGACAGAUACAAAGGUAGGUUGGUUGCAAAAGGAUUCACACAGCAAGCAGGAGUUGAUUACAAUGAGACAUUUUCUCCAAUCUUUACAAAGGACUCGUUUAGAGUCAUGAUGGCUUUGGUAACUCAUUUCAAUCUCUACCUCCAUCAAAUGGAUGUAAAGACUGCGUUCUUGAAUGGAGACCUCUAUGAAGAGAUCUACAUGCAACAGCCUGAGGGUUUCAUUCAAGAAGGGAGAGAAGAUCAGGUUUGCAAAUUAAGGAAAUCCAUUUAUGGAUUGAAACAAGCUUCUAGACAAUGGUAUUUGAAAUUCAAUGAAGUGGUGAGGUCUCAUGGUUACAGUGAAAGCCCUGUGGAUGAAUGUAUAUAUAUUAAAAUCAGUGGAUGA